AUGGCGGGACUGGCCCUCCACACACUCCUCGCCGUUUUCUCGGCCUCACAACUUGCCUCGGGGCUCCAAGUAGCACCCAAUUCACCCUGCUCAUCCGUAUGCCGGGAUUCACUCGACCUCGACGCCUCGGACCCCAACUCCUCCAGCACAAGGAAUUCCGACAUCACUUGCCAGGAUGCCGCCUACUCGAGCGCCGCAGGGACAAAGUUCAAGAGCUGCAUGACAUGUCUGCAGACCAGCACCUUCUCUCAGGGGAGCGAAAGUGACAUGAAGUGGUUUCUCUAUAACCUCAGAUACACGGCUGCCUACUGUCUCUUUGGCUUUCCCAAUGCCACCGAUAUUUCGUCUACCCCAUGCAUCACAGAGACGGCCUGCGGUCCCCUUCGGGCCAGCUUAGAGCAUGGCAUUCUGAAGCCCAGCGAUAGCACCGCCUAUUCGUACUGCUCAGUCGGCGGCAAAGCCUUGGACUUGGCCCCUUUUGAGCACUGCAUACCGUGCAUUUCUGCUGGGAGUACCGCAAAAUACCUGGCCAACUACUUUGUGGCUCUUGAAGCCGGUUGCCGCCAACAACCUGCGCCUGGCUUGCGCCUUGGUCUGAAUGAUACCAUCUUUUCCAGUGCGCGGAUCAGUAUUGUUGACCCGACGACGCUCGUCGAGGACAAAAAGUCAGAACCAACACUGGGUACGCCCGCAAUUGCCGGUAUCGCCGCUGGCGGGGUGGUCCUCAUCCUGAUCAUCGCCGCUGUCACCUUUGUCUGCCUGCGUAAGCGACGAAACAAGCGCGUCCGAGCCAGCGCCGAAGCCGACUUCUACAACAAAGUCCGGAGGCACCAUUCCUCCAUGUCCUUCCAAUGUCAGACCCAUAUGAUAUCACCCCGCUUCUGGCCGGGGGCAGCCGGUGACGGCGUGGCCACACCUGCGAUGGACAGUCCCGACACCCAGGCGCACCGUUCCUCCAUCUGGAAGCCUCACGAAUCUGAACUCGACGACAACACCGCUCACAUCUCCAAGAAGGCCGCCAUGGCCGCCGUCCCGCUUCACCAGAUUACUACCACUGUCCUGCCACCACCACAGGCCUACAGCUCGCCUUCUUCGGAGAAAGUGUACCACUCCCCUUCGGACUUCCGGUCCCCGCUCUCAGCCGAGUCCGUCCGCAGCACAUCCGCCCUCCUUCCAUCCAUCAAACCAUACGUCCCCGCCGAGCACGGCGUGCACGUCCAGGGCAGCCCACAUAACACGUUCGACAGCCCGACGCCGACCACGCCUGGCGGCGCAGGGACAGGGACGGGGAUGACGCCCCUUCUUAAGAGCCACGGCUGGCCGCUGCCAGAGCCGUCGUUGGCGCCGCAACAUCACCGCCGUGAAGAGCAGCAGCAGCAGAAGCCCCAAAGGAAUAUCAUCACCUUCGACAAAUCCGUCCCUCCACCUCCGCCUCCGCUCAAGACGUCGCGGAGCAGUGGGUUGCUGACGGGCAGGAAGAGUCCCAAGACCGUGGGCACGGGGAGCCCCGUCGAGUCGUGGGAAAUACAGACUGCUUUUGCCGCCCCCCCGAAGCGGUGA